CUCGUCUCGUCUUCUGCCUAGCAGCAGAUAGCAAGUUCGCUUCACGCGCUUCAACAUCGUUCGCUUCGUCGUUCAACUCAAAAACGCCCCGCAGCCGCUGCUGGUAACGAGGCGUUUUUAAGCAGCUCGCCACGCCAUCGAAAGCUCUCCGUCAAACGCGGGAACUUUUGCACAGAGAGCAGCCCAAAGCGCGCGCCUCACAUCAGCCAGUGAUUGUGACGUAGUUAUCAAAAAUCUGUAUUUCGCCCUGCGCGCGCAGGACUUCCGAACAAAUAGGCUGUCUGUCUGCACAGGUUUACCUGCCGUGAACGGACUCUCAGAGCAGUGCGAUGAAAGGGAGGACGCCGGGACAGGAGGGAUGAGAAAACGAUUCAAGUAAAAGAAGACUUGCAUCACCACUAAGUGCCUCAUCUGGAUGCUGCAGCAGCCCGUCUCUGUGUCCGCUGCUCUCCGCUUCGGAUUGCUCACUUCCUCCCUGACUUGAGAGUGUGCAAGUGCUUGGCCUUGGCUCGGGCUAUAUUUCACCCUGACAGUCAGCCGGCCCAUUUGCCUGUUCCUCGAUUCCAGCCUCGCCUGCUUGCCAUUUCACCUUUUAAUACAAGGACACCAGUCCAUUAGUUUCCUCUUUGGAUUCACCUCUGAGUGUCUGCAGUCUCUCCAUCCUUUACGGCCCAGACAUGCAAGUAUUUUUACAGACUGCUGUGGCUAUGGCAGCAGGGCAGGGGUUUCUGGAAGCCUAAAAUUAGAGAAAGUCCAUUUUAUAUCAAUGCAAGAGGGCUAUUUUAAACCUAGAGCUCCGGCGGGCGAGUCUUGACAGUGGGGCGAGUACUGCAGAAAAGUUGAAAGUGCCGCUCUGCUCCAGUUUUAGUACCUUGUUUUCCUGGACAGCAGCUCGAAGAUGCACCGCAGCAUGUCACAGUGACCUACCCCACCUCGACACUCUAAUUCACAGCACGCAGACCUUACUUUUAACUGGUUUUACAUCCUCAUUGUACUUUUGUGAUUGUAUGCAGCUCCUCUGAGCCCAUUGGCUGAUCAGCAGACUAUGUCCCCUUCCUGUCCCUGUGAGAGUUAGCUUAUUUCUGGACAGGUAGUCUAAGGAUCCCCUCCUCCCUGCUACUGUGCUCAUCUUUUGCAGCUUUUGUGGUUUAUCACGCCUGGCUGCCCCACCCCACCCCUCUGCUCACAGAGGUACCGCCAUGGCCAUCAAUGUGACCAUGGGCCGCGACACCAAGUGGCUGACGCUGGAGGUGUGCAGAGAGUUCCAGCGAGGAACCUGCUCGCGUUCAGACACAGAAUGCAAGUUCGCUCACCCCUCUCGUACCUGCCACGUGGAGAACGGUCGUGUCAUCGCCUGUUUCGACUCACUCAAGGGCCGCUGUACACGUGAUAACUGCAAGUACCUGCAUCCUCCGCCUCAUUUGAAGACGCAGCUGGAGAUAAAUGGCAGGAACAACCUGAUCCAGCAGAAGACCGCAGCCGCUAUGCUGGCCCAGCAGAUGCAGUUCAUGCUGCCUGGAGCUCAGCUGCAGCCCAUAACCUCUUACCCAGUAACUCAUUCCUUGGCCAGCAGUCCGACCAUGGCGUUCAGCCCAUACCUGAGUCACAUGAGUCCGGGCAUCAGCCUCAUGCCCGAGCUUCUGCCCAGCGCCCCCGUGCUGGUCCCGGGGAGCCCCACCGGCAUCACCAUGGGCAACGGAAACUCAACGCAGAAACAUGUUCGCACAGACAAACUUGAGGUGUGUCGGGAGUUCCAGCGAGGAAAUUGCACACGCGGGGAGAACGACUGUCGCUACGCCCACCCCAUGGAAGCCGCCAUGGUGGAUGGCAGCGAGAACUCCGUCAUUGUUUGCAUGGAUUACAUCAAGGGCCGCUGCACCCGUGACAAGUGCAAGUACUUUCACCCUCCUGCUCACUUACAGGCCCGGAUAAAGGCAGCACAGCAUCAAGCCAGCCAGAAUGCUGCUGCCAUGGCUUUGCCACCAGGCACCAUGCAGCAGCUACCAAAGAGACAGACCCUGGAGAAGACAAACGGCGCGGCUGCUGUCUUCAACCCCAGCAUGUUCCACUACCAGCAGGCAUUGGCCAGCAUGCAGCUGCAGCAGCCAGCGUUCAUUCCCGCAGGCCUUUUCAAACCCCCUGGCCCAAUGACAGACGGCCGCUGGGAGAGGCGAGACUGGACCAGCUGCAGGGUCCCCCAAAGCCGUUACCUGUCAGGGCCUGGACAUACUGUUCCCAUGAUGCACGGUGCCACCACUUCCACUGUUUCGUCGGCUACGACCCCAGUCACCAAUGUUCCUUUUGCUGAAUCAGCCACCUCCAACCAGACGCCGCCGAGGUACUGAGUGCUGACCCUGUUGAUCUCCAGUGCGUUCCCAUGGAGACCCAUUUCUGCCCAGUUCCUAAACUCCUGGUUUCUGCACCCAUGACGCUAAAUCCAGUAAGCCUCUCCCGCAAUCCCAGUUAAGACGCCAACACCCCAAUCAGACCUAUCACUCAUGCAACGUGCCCAAACCCAGAAAAAUGAAUGCAACAAACGUGUGCCUAAUCAGUAUGUCCUUAACGGGCAAUACAUUCAUCCUCAUAUCAAAGACGCCCACUUCAUUAGAAGUCAACAGAGGUUUAUUGAUUUUGAAACAGGCAAUACUUAAGCUUGGACCUACAACUGUUAAAGGAUGCAUGCCAUCUUGAUGCAAAGAGACGUAAGGAGCCUGCAGAUGCUGAAUCAGGAGACGGAGUGCUCUUGUAACUCACAGCCAUACGAAUACAUGCAAACCAAUUAGUUGAGAAAAUUGAAACCUUUUGGAGGUGAACAUUAGAUUUAGGAUUGUGCUUUUUCGAUGUAUGGUAAGCAGUGAAGCCGAGGCAGAGCAUCAGCAGACAGAAAAUGUUUCUUCGUCAUUGAAUGUGAUAACUGUGUAUGUACCCAGAUCCCAUGAAAGAGAGAAAGUGAGAGCUCCAGUGGCUUAUGAUAUUGUGGUGGUGGUGUUACCUUAAUUUCUUUCACAUUUAACUCUAAUUAUUGAUUAGUGGCACGUUUUAUUUCAUGUUUACAUUUCAAAAUGAUAUUUGAAAAGUAUCAAUGCUUUUGUAAGAUAACUUGUUCUUGAUACUGUUUAACUGAAUUAGACUUUUUAGUUGAGAGGUUUUAAAAUGUCAUUGUCUGUGCCUUUUUAGUUACAAGUGUGUGAACUUAUUUUUUCCCAAUUUUUCUGUACUCGACCGACUUACAUUUUAUUAUAGACUAAGAAGGUAUACCUGUGUAGCCUUUCAGAAUGUGUUGUUCCACCGUGUAUGUAGAGAUGUGUUGUUGUUGAGUGACUUCCUUUAUAUUGGUCUCAUGAAAGAGUAUUAUUUAUAUAACCACUGUCCAACAGACUAAACAUGGUCUGCUGACAUAAGUGUUAUAAUCCAUGCCUGAAGUAUCUCACCUUGCAUUUCCAACACAACAUCGAGAUACUCAGACCUCCAUUUUUAGUAGAACUGCCUUAAGCAGACAAAAUACGAGCACCUCUUAUUGUACAUUGUGAUGUGCUCUCAAAUGUAAGGUCAGGUUGCAGGUCUUCUGAUGUAUAAGAUGUCUCAUUGAGGAUUUUAAACUGGAAAAAGAUGAAGCUUCCAGCUGAAGCUCUUUAAUCAAAGAUGACCUUGGAAAUACUCCUUACCUGUUGUUUUGUGUCCUGGAUAUUCAAGUACUAUAUAAAUAAUCAGGUUUAUUUGCAUUCUUAAAACAUUGGUAUACAGUAUAUGUCACAUUGUCGAGGUUAUUACCUUAUCUGUCUCUUGUAGACAACCCCUUUAUGAUGGCAAGAUCGUCUCCAUGCCCUGCCUCACCUGCUGUGUGACAGUCUGUUCGUCUCCACUUUUCCAAAUUUGAUCAGCCAUGUUUGGUGCAUUUCAGAGUACCAUGAGAUCUUGGAGCACUCUGUGUUCAAUGUCAAUUAGUUGCCAAAACGGUUCUUAAACUGCUUGACUAGCUGUAUGUAACCGUUCACACCAUUUAAAAAUAGCAAAUCAGUACACUUAAAGGGAUAGUUCACCCAAAAAUGAAAACUCCAUCAUCAUUUACUAAAUUACUUUAUUUCUCCCACACAAAAAGAGAUGCUAGACAGAAUGUCAGCUUCAUUCUCACUUUCAUUGUAUUGAAAAAGAUGCAAUGAAAGUGAAUGGUGACUGAGGCUAACAUUCUGCCUAACAUCUCUGUUUGUGUACCACAGAAGAAAGAAAGUCAAAUGUUUUUGGAACCGCAUGAGGGUGAGUGAGUGACAACAGAAUUUGAAUUUUUGGGUGAGCUAUCCCUUUAAAUUAUUGAUCCGUUGUGCAUGAUGUGGUGCGUCAUCAAAAUUACAAAAAGGAGAAAUGCAAAAGCCUUGUAAGAGUCAGAAACUGGAACGUGAAUUGAAUAGCAGACAGAUUUCCCAUUAGUUCGCUGUAUUCAGCACCAUGUGUGCUCCCCAACAGUGUACUGUUUUCAUGCCAAUGACUCUCAGACAGAGGUCACUCUGUGCCAAUCACAGGAGACUGUAUGACACGCCAAGGUCACGAGACAGAUGGAUUUGAAUUGCAAUAUUGUUCUCCUGCAAGAGCAAAUGUGUCCACCCAAGCAACUAAUGUAAACCCAUUUGAGCAAGCUAUUAUCUUGUGCUUUGUUUUGAAACAUCUCAGUUAUUGCUACCUUUCAUUAGGCGAGUCAUGCAAUCGGGAAAUUGACAAUGGGGCGGUUUUCAGCAGCUGGUUUUAUUACUGCAUAAGUGGACGCUGUGUGUACCCACUAAUAGAGUUCCAGUCCUUGUCAACCAAGAGUCUCUAUUGGAUUAUUGCUGUGUUAUAUUAUUGAUAGUUGUCCAUAGAUGAAACAUGAAAUCUGUGAUAUCAGACAGACUAUACACCAAGGCCUGCAAUCCAUUAGGGUAGUACUGGAGAUCUUUCCUCCCUGAUGAAAGAACAACCUUAACCAGUCUUAGAUGGUUUGCUGGUCUUCCAGGCUGGUCUGUUGGCUGGUUUUAGAGGGAUUUUGGGUGCUUUUCAGCUAGUCAUGCAGGAAGACUAGCAUACCAGCUUGGGCUGGUUUGAGCUAUUUUUUGCAGGGCCCAUUUCGACUUUAAAGGGGUUGGCAGAUUUAUUUAAGUUGUUGUGUUUUAAUGGUGUCUGUUUAGAGUUUUGAACAGGUUUAAAUCACUGAUUGUGUCCUUACUUUCACAAGUCAGCAGACUCUAAAAUGCAAGGGCGUAGAUGACCGUGUGACAUCUGAAUAUUACUUGUUUUUGGGGUGUGAGCUCAAAGCUGUGGCUCUUAUUUGGAAAUGUUACAGUUAAAGGAAAAAAAUUGGUUCGUUUAGACUGGGUACUUCACAAAUGGCCCUCAUCAGCCAAAGGUUCAUUUACAAGACAUUGUUGCCCUGAAUUGGGCUUUACAUGCAUAUAUGAAUGUGACAUUUAUGACAGAGAGAAUGUCACGAGAGGUUUGGAAGCCUGUCUCGCCAUUUCUCUCGAUUGAAACUACAACCUUUUGCAACAUAUCAAGGAAGAGAAAGCCUCUCCAUGUCAUCCAUUGUUGAUGUAAAAAACAGACACGAGUUAAAUAAAAUGAAAUGAAAUCAAGGACCCUUCUCUUAACUACUGUCUCUUUUGGGACAGCUAUGUUGUUACAUUGUUUAGACAGCAUAGCCCCUUAGAAAGAGCCAUAAAUAUGAUUUAUUCUCGAAAACCUGGUCUAAAAGCGCCAUUGUUUUCUGUUCAGCUAGUUUAUUGGUGGUCAGCUCACAUUAUCUUGGCCAAACACAAAUGAUAUAUUAUACAAUGGUGAUGUAAACCAUGAAAAUAUUGUUUAUCUUAUCUGUGGUCAAUACAAAAUCAGAGAAAGAUAAUAUACUGUGUUAUAACUGAAAUAUCUGUAUUGUAUACAUCUCUGUAUAAUGUUCAUGGGUUUAAGAUUCUUUUAGGAAAUACCGUUAUUAGGUAAUUUGUGUGGAUUUAUUUAGGAGAAAAACUCUUCAAAACUGUUUAUUGAUGUGUUGGAUCGUGUUUUGUAAUUAAGUUCCAUUGCCCAGCCAAGGUGUAGAACCUCCUUCUCUCUCUCUCUCUCUCUCUCUCUCUCUCUCUCUCUCUCUCUCUCAUAUAAAGAAUUAUGCCUUCUCCAACUGUAAUCCAGCUGGAAUCAACUAAAUACUUGAUUAAGAAAAAAACAAUGUGCCUCAUCGGGGGCUUUAGCAUUUUAAGAAGUCACUUUUUAAAGAAGUGUGCAUACCUGCAUAAUGUGGUUAGCUAGAAUAAUCUAUGUGUAUGUAUUACAGGCGCAUCAUCCUUAUAGUUUUAAUCAACACAUUAACAAUCUUCGUAAUGGUACCUGUUUUAAAUAUAUCCUCACAAAUUCAGUCAUGGUAUGGUGUGUUUUGACACAGCUGUCGGUGGUAGGCCGUUUAGCUUGAGUUUGGUCAUUAUUGUUACUUGGUUAUUUUACAUCGUAAAGUCUCUCAUCGCAUGAAAUUAAAAUAAUCUGAAUACUCGACAUCAUAGUUUGUGCAGUUAGUGGUUUAAGAUUUAAAAAAUUGCUUAAUCUGUAUAUCUAUAUAUCUCUAUACACAUUUGUAAGUAUUGCAAUGAUAGAGUCAUUGUUACCUAUGAUAGUAAGUUCUUGUUGCUAUGGCAACAAAACUACAACAUGGCUACCUUUGUAUAUCUUAAUUGUGAAUUUUUUCACACUUCAAGUGAAAUAAUGUACAACGUUAACUUAUUCAGAAAGGGAAUGUGUUCUUAAGUUGUCUUGGGGAAAAGAGAUGAUUGACUAUUUUGUAAAAAAAAAAAAAAAAAAGAUAAAAAAAAAAAAAGAUUGAUAGAUACUUUAUGUCCAAAGGCCCUUUGGAGACAUCAUAAGUUAUUUCUGUUAUAAUAAUCAUAAUUUUUUUAUUGGGGUUGUUGAUCAUUUUAAGAUAAGUAGACAGCAUCUGAGCUUUUGAAACAAUCUGAUGGAUUGAUUGGGGGGGAAAGAGACUGUGCAGUCUCAUAGUUGGUUUGAAAUUAAUACACUCAAGGGCACCAUUACAUUGGACAGGGCUGGAGAUGCAUUAAUACUGUGUCAGCAAUGGUGGAUUCCAAAAAAAGAGGCAGUUUUUAUAAAUAUCGCAACCCCAUGAUGUCAGAAACAAAGGACCUGUUUUAGCCAUAGUGAGCCUAUGGAGCCACAGCCCCAGAAUUAAGUCUCUAACCCCCUCUGGCCCACCCAGACUGCACCCCAGCUGUGCUGGGACCUGGUGACUCACGUCACCCCAUUGGUGUACGAAUGUGUGUUAUUCACCUUGUUUGCACUUAUGUACAUAACUGAGUCAAAAUAUUCAGAAUUUAUUUUGAAUAUACAUAGAAGAAUAAAUAUAUAUAUGUGUGUGUAGAAGAGCAGAUUCAAAUUAAAUGACUGUAUUGUUCGAAUACAGGUAAACAGUUGUCCUUUUAAAGGGUUGUCAAACAGAGAGAUGCUGUUUUGGGGUGUUGAGAAAUUUGUUGUUUGUUCUGUUUGCUAAUGCCCUCGUUCUCAUCAUAAAGCAUGAUAUUGCUUGCUGACAAAAGGAAAAACAAUGAUGUCAAAAAAUCUUUGUAGUUUUGCAUAGCUUAUAAAAGCGCAUUGAGCUGAGCACUGUGCCUGCUUAUAUCUGAUCCUGAGGUGUGCUUGUGUAGGAGACGUAGAGACAUACACCAAUAUUCGUGAUAUGUAUUUUUAUGUGUCUACCUCUCCUAUCUGUACCUAAAAGUAUGUGCCCAGAAACCAAAGACAGGCCAACUUGUUUCUCUUUUACCUCUUUACAGAUUGUGAGUUUCAGAUAAAAUGGUUGACAAUUUUGUUUUCUGUGUAGUCUCAUACUGAAAAGGGGGUAUAAUAAGGCUCUGUCCCCUACAGGACAACAAGGAGACCAGCACAGGGCACAUUAUCGCAGAAUUGUUCUGCCAUAGAAAUCGAUAAACUUCAGGAUCAGAUUGUAGUAGGAAAGCGUUGCUACAGGUUAUACACAACAAUAACUUUCAGUUUGGUUCGGUUGUUGUCAAACAUUUUCCAUUCUUAUACAUUCACCAAGAUCAACAAAUAAAUCUGAAAAUCUCACUGGAUUUCCUCCAUCCAAAUCAAGGUUGCUUCAGACAUGAAAUCGCCAGACAAAACCCUCUGUUGAAGAAAACUUGUACAUUCUGUGCUCUACAAUUGCUUUGGAAGCCAAUGAUUUUGUUGCCAUGGCACUUGCCCUAAUAGUGAGGGAGAGACUGAGUCUUUGUAGAUUAUUGCAUAUAGACGCACCUUUGGACCAAUUAAAUAUGGUUCUCAGCCUUUUGACUGUAAAGCUGAGGUAGCACUUAGAACUUAGCAUAGAUUUAGAACUAAGUGUCCCAACUUGCAAACAAAAAGUGAAUGCAAACACAGGACACUCCUCUUACCACUGUGCUUGACAGAGAAAAACCAACAAACACUCUUCUGCUGUCCAUUUUCCUGUGCCUAUACAUUCUGUGAUGUGAAAGGACUGAUCUUUUAAAGAAAGCCAUUGAGGUUAGACUUCCACCUAACUGUGCCCUACAUUCAGUUCCUUUGUGUUCAUAUCUGUGAGUGGAACACUAACGUCAAUGGUUCAUGUUAACGUAUAGAAGUCACUGAGACUGGAACAUCACAUCAAUGUUGUACAAAGUUGUAUAGUUUCAAAUAAAAUCACUCAUUAAUGCUGAGGUUAAGUCCCUUUAAAGGCAUCAGCAGACGUUUGGUGACAAAUGCUGAUGCCUGCGUAAAUGCUAUUGUGUGUGUGGAACAGUUCAAAGAAUGUCUACAUUGUUUCAAAGCCAUAUGUAAUAGAUUCCUCUCUCUCCCACUGUAGGACAAGGUACAACUGAAUGCUUUGAUUCUUUAUAUGAAAUGCUUCUCUUUCUAUUUAGCUUAUUGUGCUUGUAUGUGCUCAAGAACUGCGCUUCUUGUCAAUCCCUUUGCGAUAUAUAAAUGUAUGGAAAAUAUACAUACUUAAGACUUCUGUUCUUUUUGUUUGACAAUUUAAUAAAGCACUUAAAAGGC